AUGCCUGCUGUCAGUGUUGGGCCCGCUGGCGACGAUCCGGUAGGGAGCCCGGUAUACCGCACCUCGCCCGGGACUUCCGCGGGAGCGUUCCAUGACCCUGCAGCCACCUCGGUAACACCCGCCAGUGGCCCGGGUGCUGGCAGCAGUGGCAGCAACGGCAGUCCCCAGUUGCCUCCCGCAAUCUUGCCGAGACAGGUGACGCUGCGAGACCGAGUGACGGCGGCGACGCUAAUCCCCUUCUCGUCGGCACAGGAGGUCCCCCGUUCUCUGCUGGCGUACCUGUGCGACCAGCUGAACAAGGAGAUCGAGAAGGGCGACACGUACCCCUUUAUAAACCCAUUGAGCCUGGCGGAGUUUGGCACAGACUGGUUCUCCCAUUUCACGGCGGUCAUGCUGCUCGGAGACGUGCCAACCGUUGGUCAUGUACAGUCUUUAGAAGCUAUUGGCGCCGACUGGGGGAAGAUAUGCCUGGGCAGCUUUAAUAUCAAGCCAAAUUACCCUGGAAGAAGUAGUCAUAUAUGUAACGGUGCCUUCCUGGUGACGGAUGCCUCAAGAAACCGCGGUGUAGGCCGGCUGAUGGGUGAAUGCUACCUGGAGUGGGCACCACAGAUGGGAUACACAUAUGCCGUGUUCAAUCUGGUUUACGAAACCAACGUAGCCUCCUGUCGAAUAUGGGACGCGUUGGGCUUCAAGCGAGUAGGCAGAAUACCAGGCUGUGGCAAUCUACGAUCAUACCCAGGCCAGCUUAUUGAUGCAAUAAUAUACGGCCGGGAUCUCGGUCCAGAGGGAGAAGACUUUGUCUCUGAAGAAAGAUUCGACAAGAUCAGAUAUUACUUGAAACAUUCCAAGUACCCGAGCGGCGCAGAUAGGGCUGAGAAGAGCCGUCUACGCAGUGCAGCUACCCACUAUAAGCUUGUAGGUGGCGAGAAGGGCGAGCCAGAGAAGCUGAUGCUGAAGGAUAAGGAGGUUGUCUCCGAUCCGCAACAGCAGUAUGAGAUAGCUCGUAGGAUACACCAGCAGCAGCAUGGUGGUAUCAACAAGACAACGGCUACUAUUGCGUUAAAAUAUCAUUGGGUUCGGAUCAAGGAGACCGUUAGCAUGGCCAUCAAGAACUGCCCACAAUGCAAGGAAGGCCCCAAAGCACCUAUGAACGGUGCCAACGGCAUCCAACUCAGUUCUCAUACAAACAGCAAUUCUGAAACCAAUACCUUGCCAUUCAAACGGGAGAAGCCAUCGCCAACUCCUAGGGCUAACACUUUUGAUAUACCUCCUUCUAACGCCUUUACCCCCACCCAGCCUGACCAACAACUCACAAGCGUGUCCGCAGCAGUUCACCAGUACUCCAAGGAGGAAACCUUCAGUCCUACACCCCACCCACAUCCUCACAACACCCACUCUCACACUACUCCUCUUAUUCACGCUGGGGGGAUGGCGGACUACGCUGAUAUACCGCUCGAUCCUCAGAUAAUGGAUGACAUACACCACCAUCUCCCUCCAUUUCAGCACCAUAAUGGCGUCAAUGUUGGCGUGGGAGUGAGUCCGUAUGAAACGGACGGUGCACACGAUCCUCAUCACGCCUUGACCCACGACUUCGAUCAUUCCCCCAUGCAGCAUCAUGACCAUGAUCACCACCACCACGAACACCACCAUCAUGACCACACAGGCAGCUAUCAGGUGGUUGAAGACGACGAUCUGAUGGCGUCGCACGCCGGCGUAGGCGUAGAUGUAGGCGUCGGUGCCGGAGUAGGAGUUGACGUUGAUGUUGACGUCGGUGUUGGCGUGGGCAUGCGAGACCAAUCCAUGAGGCUCGCAGAGGCAACGCGGCUACAGAACGAUGCCCAGUUUCAGGCAGACCUGCUUACCGUUGCCUUUGGAGGAAGAGACGACCAGAAUCACUUUGAGAACUGA